CUGCGCGAAACCUCAACACCACCUCAUGCCGCAAUCACCUCAUGAAAGACCGUGACACGACUGUACGAUAAUCGCACGCCAACAUGGCCUUCAAAUUCUCUCUAGGCGCUGCGAAAGCCUCCAAGGCGCAAUUGAAUGCCAAAGCCAAGGAGGAAGAGGAAGCGAAGGCGCGCGAGGAGAAGAAUGCGCUCGACAAGGUCAUGGCCGAUUUCGAGGCGGAGCACGGAGCCGAGAAGAGUAUAUUGGGGGAGGUUGAGCAGCAGGAAGAGGAAGAUGUCUUUGUUCCAACGGGAAGCAAGAGACAUUUCACAGGCAGACAGCGGACGAUGAAGAGCGGCCCCGGCACCCUCGAAACCGAACCUCUCGAUGGCUAUAACAGACCAGGUGCACCGCCAGGACGACUCGCGCCACAGACACAGUCACGCUUCGGAGGCUCAGUACCCACAGGCCCAGCUGCACUCGAUGGCCCAAAGCAGACCGAGAACUUCUACACCACCGUCGUAGCGAAAGCGUCGAACCUCCCGCCUGAAAUAGACUCGCGACGCGUCGAAGAGCUGUUCGCCGAUUUUCCCUCACUCAAGAUCGCGCGGGUCGACAGGAUACCGCAAGGUUCAAGGGCGGAGGGCAGGCCUUCAGCGACGAUGAAUAUCACCUUUGACAAGGAUGCCAACGCGCGGGACCUCGACGCUGCGAUGAAUAAACUCAAUGAUAAGAAGUACCUGGGUAAGGGCUACUAUCUGCAUCUGGACAGAUAUCUGGGCAGUCGCACAGCAGACACCACACAACAGACGAAGGCAUUCGGCGCACGAUGGCAGGCACCCGAGCUACCCAAGGGCUUUGCACCGCCACCAGAUCUUGGUGGAGGAGGCGGAGGUAGAGGGCCGCGCGAGAAUACUGAAGAUCUCAUCAUCACUGCAAACCAGCCUCCCGAUCUCGCGACACUCAGAUUAGUACACCAGACUAUUGAGGGCGUUAUUCUUGGUGGUGUGGAGUUCGAAGCGGCUUUGAUGAACGAGCCGCAAGUCCAAGACGAGGAGCGUUUCGCGUGGUUAUAUGACCAGAAGCAUCCCGUCAACCGGUACUACCGUUGGCGUCUACACCAGAUCGUGACCAACAGCACCGAUUCCGAAAUCUUUGCGGGGCAAGGCGCCUGGAAAGGCCCCGUCGAUCCGCUUCGUCACGAAUUCGUCGACCACGUGGGAGCUUUUGAAUCAGACGACGAAAGUCUAGAUAGCGAUGACGAGGAGGAGAAAGAGAAGCCGCAAUUCAAGCCUCUACCGGUGGGUGACAACUAUCCAGGCCGCGUGGACAAUGGGCACGGCAUCAUGAACCCCAGAUCACGAGCGAUGCUUCUAUGGAUGAUCAACGCAAUCCCACCUGGCAGCAUCGUCUACGACGACCUCGCCGCUAUCUCAACCUUUGCAGUCGAACACGCCGCCCAGGGCAUGGACGAAGUCACCAGCAUCCUCGUCUCCAACAUCAUCAACCCCUUCCAGCUCACGGACGCCAACACACGGAAUCGUGCAGGCGAUGCGGAUGGUAAAGACGACAUACGUCGCCCAGACCUCCGACAAGUCACCCUAAACGCGCUACGCAUCGUCUCCGACGUCCUCCUCGUCACAGCCAAAGAAUCCGGCGUCUCCUACAAAUACCGUCUAGCCAUCGGAACAGAGCUUGUAGAACGCAAAGUCUUUGAACAUCUUGAGCAACUGCCGCAGAAACUGGAGAUGGGGCGUAUGACGGAGAGGACGUAUAGGGAAGAUGUUAAUGGCAUCCUGGCGGUGUGGACGGGAGAUCAUCUUUUUGAUGAGGCGACGUUGAAGUAUUUAGAAGAUGCGUUCAAUGCGAGGGAGAGGGAGAGGGAGGAGCUGGAGCAGCAGAAAAGAGCGGCGGAGAAGAGGAAGAGGAAAGGUAACGUUAUCAGAAAACCGUCAUCUUCUGGCGCACACAAAGAGGGUGAGCAAGAUGAGCAGGGCAUGGAUGUUGAUGAGGGUGCAGAGGAUGCAAAGGAGGAGUUUAGGAGUCCGAGUCCUACUGCGAGUCAACUUGCAUCGCCGGAGCCUGAGAGACCUGUUGCUGAGGUUGAGGCUGAGGCUGUGGUCAAAGAAGAAGUGGUCGUGCCUGACCCUGUCGUGCCUGCAGAUCCGCCAAAGAUCGUUGAGAUCCCUGGAGAGACAGCUGUGGCGAGGGCGAGGCGGUUAAGACCGAAGGCUGAGGAUAUGUUUGCUUUGGAUGAGGAAGAUUAGAAAUCUGAUCGUCUUUGUGACAUUUCGGAUGCGCAAACGGAGACUUUCCCUGGGAGAGCAACGAGGUCGACCCCAAAAGCAGAGAACAUGUUCUUGUUCAACGAUGAGGUCUGGUUUGGCCAGGGUCGA